GCUGAAUUACACGGAUCGGGCCAUAAUAGCCUGGUGGUCCGAGUGGUCGCUGAGGACAGACAGGGUUUUUUUAAAGUGAUUGGGGUAUAAAAUCCCUGAAGCACAUAUUUGACCUUAUUUUCACCUUUCACAUCCGCUUUACACAUGGCCAAGUCUAAAUACGAAUACGUGCGCAACUUCGAGCACGAGGACCGGCUGCUGCCCUGCACGUGGCUGGUGGUGCGCAUUGACGGACAGGGCUUCACAAAGUUCACGACUAAGCAUCAGUUCACAAAGCCCAACGACGUCCGUGCGCUGAACCUGAUGAACCGCGCGGCCGAGGUGGUCAUGGGUAACAUGGUAGAAAUUGUGCUGGCAUAUGGGCAGAGCGACGAGUACAGCUUUGUGUUCUCCAAGGAGGCCAAGGCGUACGACCGCCGGGCGAGCAAGCUGAUCACGCUGUGGUCAGCAAGUUCACCUCGGCAUAUGUGUACUACUGGGCGAUUCCCGCCUGCAUUCGACUCGCGCGUGGUGAUGUACCCAGAGGACCGCAUUAUGCGCGACUACCUGAGCUGGCGCCAGGUAGAUUGCCACAUCAACAAUAUGUACAACACAUGCUUCUGGACACUCGUCAACAAGGGCAACAUGUCGCAGAAGGAGGCCGAGAAGCGCUUGAGUGGUACCCUUUCGCAAGACAAGAACGAACUGCUGUUCAGCGAGUUUGGCAUCAACUACAACGAGGAGCCCGAGAUAUUCAAAAAGGGCAGCGUGGUCAUCCGCGACAAGGAGCUUAUCGACGUAGUGGACUCAAAGGGCGUUGUCACCAAGCGAACAAAGACCAUUGUCAAGGUCGUCCACCAAGACAUCAUCAAGGAGAAAUUCUGGGACGAGCACCCGGAGAUUCUACGGGGCAAGGUCACACGCUCGGAGCGCAAGGCGCUGCUUCAGGAACAGCGCGAGGUUGAGCUUGCUGCCGAGCCCGAGGCCAGUUUGUGAGCUGUGAGCUGUGAGAUGUGAGCUGUGAGCCAGCAGCUGACAGGAUCGGUCGAAACCACAGUGCAAAGACGAACGAUGCGGGGCUAUUGGCCCAUGUAGACCCGUGUUUUUUUAGCGAGUUCCUGGUAUUUCAAUAGAUUCGAUGACGCUCUACAGGCCCAAAAGACAUGUUCGCUCGUGCAUGCGUGCGAGAAAGCGUGCAGGAUAAAACGGAUGGGGGUGAUGAUGCCAUCACGAUUGUUAUCGAUUGGCACGCGCAGUGAUGUGCUGCUGCUUGCUGCGCGAUAGAGGCAGCAAUUUGGAGCAUCUGGGGAACAUUUUGGAGCAGAAGGAUUAGGGCCGGUGUUUAUUCCCAUUCUCACCCUUUGCCAGCCAUUGUUUAUUUCCUUGGCUUUUGUGCUUGGCGUCCCUGCAGAAGAGGCUCGACUGCGACUGCGACUGCAAUUGCGAUUGCGGUUGCGGUUGCCCCCGUCGAACGGCAGUGCGCAUCAGC